CCCAGAGUCGUGCCGUCGAGUCGCUGUCUGGCAGCCAUGUUUAAAACUAUUUUCAUCUUUCUCGCUGGGUUUACACUUGUAACGCCAUAUUUCUACCAGGGUUUCCACUUUGAGUAUCACGCAUCUCAUCAUCUACUGCUGGUAACGACAGCAACAAAAUGCUACGUCAUUACCGUCAACUCAAAAACCGCAACCGCGUGGACAGCACAGAGGCAGAAAGUCAUGGAUGAGCUUAUCGAACGGAUCCACUCUGGAACAGGUCUGACUCCUAGAGAUGACAGCCUCCUGCACCGUUACCAUGACUACCUGGCCGUUGUCGAGUGUCUUCGUCACGAAGUCGUCUCCGUCCACUACUCGUUUGGUGAGGCGGUCACAACUACCGCAGCUACCACGACGCCAGCAGUCACGCAACCAGUCCAAGGCGUGUAACCAAAACACCAGACGAAGUUAGCACCACGAAAAAUAAAGUGUAUACUAUCCAAGAAAACAAA